GUUGGGUAAUUUAUACAAUGGGAAAACAAUUACACACGCACAACCGAGCAAGCCAUGCCAAUCCGUGAAUCCGUGGAUGUUGUGCGGGGGAGGUGGCCUCCGUCGGGAAGUUGCUGCUGCUGCAGUUAGCGAUGCGGUUAAAUAAAGGAAAUUUUCUACUUUUUAUUAUAAUAUGCAAAAUGCAUACGGGACGAAUAAAGACCGCGCCGGUGGUGGUGGCGCGGAGACAGGGACGCUGAUAAUCACAGUCUCUGAGAGCCCGAGAUCUGCUGUGUGGAACCGAAGAAAAGCAAAUCUGCAAAAGAGGUGCAGACGCGAAAACCAGGAAUGCAAGCAAGGAGGCACAGUACAAAGGAGGAAUAAUGUUUUAAAUUGGGAGCCAUUUUUGUGUUUAUAGAAAGCGCAGUUCGAAGUUGUAAAUUUUUCGCCAUCUCGCUCACACCGGUAUCCUAAAGACAAGGAUCAGUAUGCAUGCAUUUUAUGGACACUUGUGAGUGUGGAAUGGCUUGUGACCAGGUGCCCGUUCGUCCGUCCGUGUGUUUUUUGCAGUGCACGAAAAGAAGAUGCAGAUGACCACAGAAGUUGGCGAUGUUACCUUGGACGUUCUGGUGUAACCGGUAUAUGUGUGUAACGGGUCGGAAGGGAAAACAGGAUUGCCAAGGUUUGGUGAAGAGUAACGAUCGGUACCAGUGACUUAUUGAACGCUAGCAAUGCAACGAUACUGUGCAAAUGAAGCGAUAGGUGGUUAAUAAUGAAGUUGAUUAUUCUUACGUAUCGGAACCAUCGCGACCGAACGGGGUUUCUGUUUGUUGACUAAUGGGUAGUCGUAAAACAUCGUCAGCGAAGGACAAGCGAAGACAGGAACUCCAUAAUUGUUUGAUUAGCUUAUGUUCAAUAAAGUGAGAUAUUUAUUCGAAUAAAACAGGAAAAAAAUAAUCCGUGAGGAGUUUUUACUGAAAACCCUGAGUUCGAAAUGCAGUUGGAGUUCCUAGAUACUCACAAUGUCGGGGAAGUGUGUCUAAUACAGACACGCCGGUGAUUGUGUUUCCUCGUUCAUCGGAUUUCGGGAGCGUGUUAAUUGGUAACUCGAGGUGACCAGAAGAAGCUGAUACCCACCAAAGUUAUGACAUUUCGGUCACGAGACUGAACCAAAAUCGAAGAUUCAUCGUCGAUACCGAACGCAGUGGGCAAGGCCGUUUCGCAUUAGCGACUCCCAGAUAACACCCUUCACCUGAAACGAGGUGCGCAAACAAGCGGCUGAUCACUAAUUUUUACGACCCAUCGUCGUCGCCGUCGUCGUCACUGAAUACGCGAGCAGGAGCAGAGCCAAAUAUAUACAGCAACCGAAAAAACCAGUUCCAGAAAGAGAGUCACGGAUCCUCCCCGCCGGCCGUGUCCCACGUUGGAUCAGCACUCAAGAAGAUCGAUAGGAAAGCACGCGAGAAUCGAGUGGUACUAAAUUAAUUAACGGACCUCCGCGUCGUUUAUUUCGGCGGGCUGCUAGUUUUUUUUUGCUUCAACUUUUGGGGGAGUGCCCCAAACGGGAGUGUGCUGAGCAGAUGAGGUCAAUCGACACCUUUGCACCCGAUCUUGUUGAGUCCGUCAAAACACGGCUCUCGACAUGAAGCGGCGACCUCCGAAAGUGGUCUCGUACCUUCAGCAACAACAGCAGCAACAUCAGCCCCGAUCGUUCCGAGAAAGAAUAGCGCCGAACGAUCGUGCCACCAUGAACAGCUGAAGGAAGCACGCGGAGGAAACGCAAGUUUUCUGCACCAUCUGUGAUUGUAACACAUUCCAACACCUCGCGGUAUACAACAAAAAAAUAAAGAAAGGAGCAUAGAAGAAGGAAAUUAGCUUUUAAGGAUCGCAUAACAUUAUUAGUGCUACGUAAACAAAUCCUCGCAAAACACGGAAAAUGUCACAAGGGACAUACGUCAGCAAGUAUGCUGGCGAAUUCUGUAAAUUGGUCGUUGAAGGCGACCUUGCCAAGAUCAAAUCAAAAUUCAAAGACUUUGUGCUGGAUUAUCAAACUCCGGAAGAUCUGAACACCCCACUGCAUCUAUCGAUCAUUGCCCAGCAGAAUCGCAAUGACAUCAUUCAAUUCCUCAUCGAAUCUGGUGCGGAUUGCGAUCUGCGGAAUUCGAUGAACCUGACCGCUUCCGAACUAGCGAUCAAUCUAAACUUUCUCGAUGUGACCAAAUUCAUGCUGGCGAUAGAGUUCCGCAACUUGUCGGACUAUCGAUGCUUCUACCGGUUGAUUCGCCGUGGAUCGGUCCCGCUGCUUCAGCUGUUUCUUGAGCUGAAAAACUUCGAUGUUCACCAGCAGAUCCACUUUCUGUCCAGCGUUUGGCAUGAACUGUACGUGAAGAACGUUCAGAUCUCGAAGAAUAUGGAAAACUUUUUGGAAUAUCAACUGCUCAACUAUAGCUACGCAUAUCACCAUCCACCGAGCCAGAAACCAGAUCGGUUAAAGUUCGACAAGGAGCACGAAAAUCGCAUCGAUCUGAUUGUGGAGUAUACGCGGUAUCUAACCGGGCAGUACGCCACCGACAAUCUGAACGACUUUGACGACAAGUUCCUGCUGGCAGUUAAAAUCAUCUACGAUAAUUUGUUUUUCAUCAAGGACAAACACGAGUUUGCCCAUCUGCCAAUGGUAGAAAUUGAGAGGUGUCUUGCGAUAUUUCUGGCGAUUUUCAAGAAAAAUCCAGACUACGAGAUCUACAAGCUGAUCAUCAACAAGAAGCAGUUGCUGCUUUUUCUGACGGCUGUUUGCGACGAGUUGGAUAAAAUCAAAAAAGAUCUGCUGGACAAGGAGAACCGCAGCCAACAAAAGUGGACAAAUGAUCUUUUUCUGCACUUGAUUAACUGCAUUCGGGAUGCGGCCCCUGCUAAAUCGACGAAAGCCAUCAAUGCGCACUGGAAGAAGAAGUGUCCGCUGAAAAAGAAGCUUAUUUACUACGUGAAAUCAAGACUCAAAGCGAAUCCGGAGCUGAACGCUAUUCAGGCGAGGUUGGUUAACAAUUUGUCUAAAAUGGAGCUGGAAAUUGUACGGGCAGAGAUGAAGACGAAAGAGUUCCUCAAUCUUACAAGAACCGUAUCCCGGAAGAAUUACGUUGUGUUCAAACGGUUAAGGAAAACGUCCGAUCAUUUGGCGCAGUUGUACGCGAUCAAGAAGAUUCUGCGUUAUCUGGAUGGGAUUUCCAGGGUGCAGUUGCCUCAGUAUCAGGUUUCUAGCGUACUGGCGAUCAAGCGAACACUGCAAGUUCUGGCAGACACCAGCAAUAGUACAAAAUACAGUCCACGAAUCCAGCGGAAGCUGGACUACGUGAUUAACAAGAUUCUGCCGCUCAAUUUGGACGUUGAGUUGAGAGACUACUAUAUACCGAACGUUUCGCUGUACAAGCUGUGCUCCGAUAAGCUGGAAAACCGGCUGAUGCCGUUUGCUGAAGUGCAGUGUAGUCUCAAGUCCGUGCGGCGCUACUUUUCGCACAUUUUCGACCUGAAGAUUUUGGAAGCGUACAAAUGCUAUCUCGGCAAUGUGCAUCAGCUGAAGGAUCGUGUGCAGGUGAAAACCUACAAUCAGUACGUGGGAGAGGCGAAUCGGUUGUACUUUGAGAAUCACACCCUAGAUGAUCUGUAUUUUGAGCUUGAAGACUGUAUACGAGCGGUGGAGGAACUUCAGGAAACCUUCAACCAGCAACAUGACGAUAAGAUCAGCGAUCUGCUGAGGUGUAUUCACCAGCCGUUAGCCCACCGGUAUGAGAUGUUGCUACGGGAAGGUAGUGGAUUGCUGGCAACAAUCAGCUCCAACUUUAGCACCAGUAUGCUGUUGGGCAAUGCCAACCAGGACAUGGGCAAGAUAAAACGAAUCGUUCGAAGCUUUCUGCACGAAAGGUACCCAAAGUACGACAUCAGCAGCGAUAGUCAGUUGGUAAGCGUGAACUUUGUUCUGCAGGAGAUGUUGCACCUGUUCACCAACUAUCUCUACCAGUAUCAAAUGGAUGAGCGUGUCUCGAAGAACUUUAUCACAAUGAUUCACAUACUGAAUGUGGAACGCUACUUUGCCACCGAUCACUUUCUACCGCAAAGAGGCAGGGAGUACGACAGUCUGCUACAUCAGAACUACACCAACGAGAUUCUGAAAAAGUUUAACCUGCCAAACCUCAGCUCACUGGAGUUCGCCGUACUUCACGAACAGCUUGCGAUCAACUACUACGACAACUGUUUCAACCUGGACAAAAAGUACGCCGUGAUGACGAUGUUCAUGAAAACUACCAAUCGCCAAAUCAACGACGCUAUCGUAAAACGUAACAAGCGAAUGGAUCGCGACGAAUUCCAAUCCUAUUUGGAGAGUAAACUGAAGCUGAUCGGACAGUUUCUGCCGUGCAGUGACUUCAACGAAGUAACCCAAUUCAUCAACGAGGCUGCUCCACAUGUGGAGUUUGCGCUGGAGUUCUGCUUGCUGGAAAUCUGCGAAAUUCUAACCGACCUGAACGUGUUCCAGGACAACUCGUACGUACUGAAGCUCCAAUCGUCGAUCAUCAGCGGUAGGAACCUGCGCGAGUAUUUGCUGCAUGAUCCACUGACCUACGACAUGCUCACCUUAACGCACAGUACCAAGGUGAAAGUCUUCCUUAAUGGACUGAUCUUCAAGAGUAAUGACUUUAAGCUGUACCAGCCGGCGAACAAUUUAAAGGUGAACAUUAACGAUCUGGCGACAAUCAACGAAAAUCUCGUCAACAGCUACAAGAUGAAGUGGAGUUGGGUUGAACAGCAGGAGCGCCUAUUCAAAUCGGUCGAGAACAUUGAUUUGAAGUUGCUGCAAGCGCUGACACCGGACUACGCGGAUAUUCGAGGGAUGAGAUUGGGUACGCUGCAGGAGCAGGCUCCGAUUGCCGAGUACGAGAUUAUCGAUUACACCAUCAAAAACAAUCUGAAGGCAAUGAUUGACUUCCUGGCGGAUGACGUACAAGCGAUUUCGUUCGAAAAGCAACAGUUCUUCCAAUAUUUGCUGGUGCGAAGCUUCGGAUCGUUGUUCGUCGAUGCGCACGUCAAUCUAACGGGGCUACACGAGCGACAGGCCACGAUCCUGUACAUGGCGCUGUAUUUUCGAGCUUACGAAAUUUUCCUGGAUAAUGUGAAAAAGUUUGAGCUUAGCAUAAACUUGUCCAAGAUAGCGAAAUACAUCAACCACGAGUUUAUCGAUAAGAUCGCUAAGCAGAUGAAGGAUAUCGGUUGGAACUGUCACGACGAGAAUGGUGCCACAAUUCUGGAUCAGUGUAUUCAGAAGGGAGACACUCAGGCGGUUAGGAAGCUGAUCAAGCUGAGUGUCGAUGUGAACCAGUGCAAUGCGGAUGGCGGUACGGCUUUGCAUCGGGCCUGUAGUCUAGGGUUGAACGAUAUCGUCCGGAUAUUGGUCAAACAGAACGUUCAAAUCGGUGCUGUUAACGAGCACAAUCGUCUGCCGUUGAGCUACGCCAUACAGUACAACGAUAACGAAAUUAUUCCUGCGCUCAUAAGCGACGAGAUCAACGUAAGAUCGGAGCGGCUGAAUCUGGUUAGUGCGGCGGUGAAAUUCGGUAACCUGGAGGCGUUGAAAUACCUGCUUGAUACUCGACAAAUUAGUUUGUCGGCAAAGCUAGACCACGAAGAUAACACGUUGAUACACCUGUGUGCUAUUCAUGCCCAGGAGGAGAUCCUCAGGUAUUUGAUUGGUAAUCACUUCAAGUACGUGCAGGACAAUUUGAACCGGCAGAAUUGUUAUUCGAAGACUGCGCUGCACAUUGCCGUCAGCGGCGAUCGUUACCGAAUCGCGGAACUGUUGCUGCAACAAAAACCUUCAGUCGUACUACCGGAUCAGUGCGGACUAAACGCAGUCGAGUGGGCCAUCGAACGGAACAGUGUCAAAAUGCUCAAAUUGUUGAUUAAAUACAACUUCUGCCAGCAGAAAAGUUCCCUCCCGCAACUCCCGUUAACGAUGGCGGUGGAAAAGAAAAACAUCAGCAUGCUCAAACUGCUGAACAAGAUCGGAUACAGCUUAAAUACGGAGCCGUUGUGUCUGAUCAAGGCUGUGUAUGCACAGUCGAUUGAGCUGGUCAAGUAUCUGGUCGGGAGUAAUAAGAUGUGUCUGAACUACAAGGAUCCGUAUGACAGCUCGGCACUGCACGUAGCGAUCGCGAUCGGAUGUAAUGAAAUUGCAGCUUUCCUAAUUGAAAGCGGUUCGGAGAUCAACGCCAUCACCAAAUUCGGGGACACGCCACUGCAUGUAGCUGCGAAGCAUUGCAACAUAAUCGCUGCUCGGAUGCUCAUCCUGAAGUAUGCAGCGAUCGACGAACGGAAUUCCUCCGGACUGACUCCACUGAUGCAGGCUAUGUAUUCGCGUAACCUGGACAUUAUGAAGUUGCUGAUCGGAGCCGGGGCAAACAUCGAACUGCUGAAGAUUCAUCUGGCGGAGAUCGAGCAGAUGUCGAAGAUACCGACGAUUCACAUGUUUGCAGAUAACUACGGGCUACUGGAGUUCAUGAUCCUCCAGCUGCAGUACGAUCCGAACGUUCGGGAUGGACGGAAUCAGCAGAAUCUUCUGCACAAAGCAUGCUACACGAACAACCUACAAAUUGUCCAGUUUCUGGUGGAUUGGUGCCGAUUACAGACGGAGCAGCAGGACUCCAACAGUCGAACACCACUGGCGAUCGCCAACGAGUGCAAGAACUUUGACGUGGCAGAAUUUCUGCGCGGCAAGAAGAGAAAGAAGUCUCAAAUUACACCCCAGCGGUACUUCGAUCCGACGGGGAUAAUAUGAGGAACCCUACCAGUGUUUACAUUCCCAGUGAACUAUCCGUUUCCUUAGCUGGUUCAUGUUCCAAGUGGACGAUUUCCGUACUUCAACCACCAUCUUGUACCGGCCAACUCGCAAUAAUCAAAACAAAUAAUAUUGCAAUGGAUAGUGUUUGGAGAAAAUCCUCGGUUGAUCAGCACCGUGUGCCGCUACGCGAGGAAAAACUCGCGAGUUUGACCAGUUUCCGUACGGAAGUCGUCUACGUCUACGUGAACGAGCACGACUUUGUGUCUGCGAGUUUGCUCUUCCUGUCAGCCCUUCUGGAGCGAGAUUUGCUCGAUUUUGACCGAAAGUUCCUCUUAUCGUAAAGUUAUCGCAGCUCGUCACAGGAUUCGACUAACUGUAUCCUUCAGAGCAUUUCGGUGAACCGAACUGCUCCCGAAGAAUCUCCACAUUUAGAUAUUUUUUACACACUUUGCUAAUCCAAAGUCAUGCGCUGCCGUAGCUUUACCCACUUAGCAUUACAGAAAUCCGAGUCGAAUCUGCCUGCAGAACUCGGGCUGAACGAGAGCAACUCGACAUGACCAUGACCAGUACCGCAGAUCUUUACUUGAUCCACUGAACACCAAACGGCAAACCUUCACGUUCUAGUCAGUGUGGGAUGUGCGUUUGUGAGUGCCAUUAUCCCAUGAUCCCAUUCCUCGUUCCGUCCCCAGUGAUCUCGGAUUAUCGGAGGAACCCUUAACAAGUAGCAGGGAGUGUUUGCCGACUGACUUCCAAUCUCAUCCAGUGAAAUGAAAGACUUCCCUACAUUCCCAAAUCUCUAUAUCUCUCUCUUUUAUACUAGUAUGUGAAUGAAACAUCCCUAACUGGUAGUAUAGUAUGAAAGGGGAGUAUCCAUAGCUGAGGGCAGUGUUGCCAAAAAACUAGCACAAGGCACAGACCGAUGCAAAAAAAUAUAUAUACAUACAUAUAUCAAUGUAAUAAGAAUAUAUCUCGCAAAAAAUCUAGUUUUUAGAGAGUAAACUACAAGCAGACUAGUUUUAAAUCGUGAUUUACUGUGUAAAAGUGUGUGAUUUUGCGCAUUAAAUUUGAGACCGUGUAGUUUUCUAAAUCAGUGAAGCAGAAAAAAAACUAGGGCAAAAUAACAAUCCUUUCUUUCACUACGUUGUAGGAUUUUUAGCAGUAAGAAUUUAUUUCCCUAUGGUAAGACUAAACAAACAAUUAGAGCUACACGUAAGAAAUAUGAAGAAAACACAUUUUAUCGUACCUUUAAGUAACGAAACCUCGCAUAUUCUUUCGUCCGGACGUUCGCAAGCAUAACUCGUACCGCCGCUCCGGGUCAAGUUCCCACCUGUCAUUAAUGACGCAUGAUAUAGAAAAAACCUCGCAUUUUCACAUAGAAAAACACCACCACUAGCACCACCCUGGUGAAGGACGAUCCGCAAGCCGGCCGAAACGUUUGCGCAACGCUUCCGGGCGAUUAGCACUAUAAAAUAUAAAUUAUUUAUUAGGUAGACACUUGUUAUGCAUGCACCAAAUUUAUUAUAACAUAAUAAAUUUCAAUGCAUCAUGGUAGCAUCAGGACGAGAACAACAAAUCAGCAAUCAGCAGUGAUAGACGGGAGAAAGUGUCAAUAACUGUCUCAGUCUCCGAAAGUGAAAAUAACCUAACGGCAUCAGAAAUUCUCAAAGAUCAAGAUAGGGUAUUCAAUCAAUUGACGGUGAAAAAUCAGACUGAAACAAUAGUUAGUCGAAGGCAGGACAAACAGGCAGACAUUUAUUGAUAACACACAGACAAAAAUGCAUGUUUCGGUCCGUCAAAAUUCCAACAAAAGCAAGCCAACUAAUCUGUAAACAAAACAAAACUUUAUUAAGCUAAAGUCAUGCAGGUGUCUCUGUUUAAUGUCUAACGUUUAAAAACAGAAUUAUAUAAACAAAAGAAGAUAAACUAUGAAAAAAACAAAUUACAAAAAAAUAAACGAAAUUCCACCAGAUGUCACCACUAGCUCGGUGCUGGCUUGGGCAGUCGAGACUUGCCAAAUGAAGUAGAACGACACUGCCUUAUGGGCAAGUUUGCGAUGCGAAAAAAAACUUUCCUCCCCCACAAACGUAACAAGACCAUAAAAAACAGUUUUUUUUUAUUUUAGCUUCAUUUUAAGUUUGAUCGUAACCGCCGAGACAGAAACUGGUGCGGUGGCGACAUCUCGGGGAUUAGCCAAAAAAGAAGAAAAAACGCACAACACACAUUCCAAUUCGAGCAAAACUGCGAGAAAGAGAGACAGUUUCAGUUCUUUCGGACUCGGACAUUCCACCUGUACUUUAAGUUCUACGACUGUAACUCUGUUGCAAACAGCUAACGUUUUAUUUUUCGAAAAAAAACUUUGUUUCAUUUCAUGCAUAACAACUUUUAUCUUACUACAGCAAUGGACUCACUUC